UAAUGUGUUGCAGCCUGGUUAUCAUGUCAAGCCAGUUGGUCAUCAUUCUUUUUCUUGUCAAAAACUUGGCCAAAUUUCUGUACGCUUAUAUUCCAAUAACGAUGACAAAGAGCCAUUUCCUUCCGCUUUAUUAUCGUUGAGUGGUGAUGAUGGUUAUAGGAAUAAUUCAGUAACAGGAUUAGGGGGAACUUUUUUGUUCGGGAACUUAUUUCCAGGGAGCUUCUACCUCCGCCCUUUGUUGAAGGAGUAUGCAUUUUCACCUGCUGCACAGGCAAUUGAACUGGGUUCGGGUGAAUCCAGAGAAGUCGUCUUUCAUGCCACCCGUGUUGGUUACAGUGCAAUGGGUGUGGUUACUCUCUUGUCUGGUCAGCCAAAAGAAGGUAUCUCCAUAGAAGCUCGGGCAGAGUCUAGAGGUUUUUAUGAAGAGGCAGUUACAGACUCAUCUGGAAGUUACCGUUUGAGGGGACUUCUACCUGAGACAACUUAUACCAUCAGAGUAGCAAAGAAGGGCAAGUUUGCUAGCGGCCGCAUUGAGCGUGCAUCUCCAGAGGAACUUUCCAUUAAGGUUGAAUAUGAGGAUAUUAAGCAAUUGGAUUUUGUGGUUUUUGAACAUCCGGAGAUGACCAUUUUAAGCGGCCAUGUUGAGGGAAAGAGAAUAAAGGAACUACAUUCUCAUCUUCGAGUGGAAAUCAUGUCAGCAACUGAUCCAUUGAGGACAGAGGCUGUUUUUCCCUUGCCUUUGUCAAAUUUUUUUCAGGUGAAGGACUUGCCAAGGGGAAGGCACCUUGUGCAGCUUCAAUGUGUUCUACCAUCUACUACACACAGGUUAAGGUCUGAGGUUAUCGAGGUCGACCUAGAAAGACAGAGUAACAUACAUGUUGGUCCAAUCAAAUUUGAGGUUGAAGAGGAUCACCAGAAGCAGGAACUGACUGCAGCUCCUGUAUAUCCUUUAAUUGCCGGAAUUUCAGUGAUUGCGCUGUUCAUCAGUAUUCCAAGAAUAAGGGACUUGCACCAGGCAAUAGCAGGAUUGCAACUCUCUGGAUCGACUGGAACUGUAAAGAAAGAUGCCAAAAGACUAAUACCAAGAAAGAAGACUUGGUGAAGACUUUAUGCUCUGGAAUCUUGUAGGGAGAUCCGAGCAAGGCUGACUUACUUUUCGGAGAUUAAUCCUGAAAAGCUGUGCUGGUUACAUGAGCGGUCUCAUGUUUGUGCGAAGAUAUGAAUUUUGUUAGAUGAGAAGAAUGUAACUUAUCAAAUAUUGUCAGGUACUUACUUGUAAUCGUCCUUUUUUUUUUUUUUCAAAGUAGGGAUAGGAAGGGAAGAGGAACUUUGUUAUUCGGUGUUUGAAUUGAUUUUUGAAGGGAAAGGAAGGAGAGGUAGGGGGAUAAGGUUAGUUGUUUUACACAUGUUUCAUUUCGGUGCGAAAGUGGAGGAAAACAGAGGAAAGGUUUUCGACUAAAAUAGUACAGUACUGUCUCAGAUGUUGUUGUGUUAUUACAGAGAGUUAUAUAGCAGUAGUAGUGUCUACUGCCUUUCCCUCUC